AUGACUCUCUGCGAUUAUCCAUCACACGAUCCAGAAUGUGACAAUGAUGAUUCACCAAUUGUAGAAGAGGUUCUCGGGAAGUUGGAAGACGUCCCACCAGGAACAAAGAAAACAUUCGAAGUCCGAGACAGAAAAGUUCUUGUUAUCAACGAUGACGGAAAACUAUUCGCCAUCAACGGACUCUGCUCCCAUUACAAUUUCUCAUUGGAAAAUGGAACUUACGCGAAAGGAAGAAUCCGAUGUCCUCUUCAUGGAGCAUGUUUCAAUGUUCGUUCUGGAGACAUUGAAGAUUAUCCUGGAUUCGACAGUCUUCAUUCUUACUCGGUAUCUGUCCAAAAUGGCGAUAUUGUCAUCAAGACAACGGAGAAGAAGCUCGGAUCGGAUAGAAGAAUCCGACACCUUCCAAAGAUGAAAGAAUGCAAUGAUCGUCCAGUUGUUGUCAUUGGAGGCGGAGUCUCUACUGCUACUUUCAUUGAACACUCUAGACUGAAUGGUCUAAUUACUCCAAUUAUUGUCAUUUCUGAGGAAUCUUUCCCACCAUAUGACAGAGUUCUUCUUUCCAAAAAACCAUCAGCAACCGGUGAGGAAAUCCGAUUGAGAAAGGAUGAUGCAUUUUAUGAGGAGAGAAAUGUCAAGUUCCAAUUGAAGACAUCGGUCACAUCAGUGAAUUCGAGCAAGAGGGAAGUCCACUUAUCCAAUGGAGAGACUAUUUUAUACUCGAAAUUGGUUAUUGCAACUGGUGGAAAUGUUAGAAAACUUCAAGUUCCAGGAGCAGAUCUCAAGAAUAUCUGUUAUGUUCGCAAAGUAGAAGACGCCAACCACGUUUCCAAUCUUCACGCCGGAAAGCACGUCGUCUGUGUUGGAUCUUCUUUCAUUGGAAUGGAAAUGGCCUCUUCUUUGGCUGCAAAUGCUGCUUCUGUCACAGUUAUUUCAAAUACUCCUGAACCACUUCCAGUUUUUGGAGCUGACAUCGGAAAAGGAAUUCGUCUGAAAUUUGAAGAGAAAGGAGUCCGGUUCGAGCUCUCUGCUAAUGUGGUUGCUCUCCGUGGAAAUGAUUCUGGAGAAGUCUCGAAAGUGAUUCUCCAAGAUGGAAAAGAAUUGGAUGUUGACUUGUUGGUUUGUGGAAUUGGAGUCUUUCCAGCUACUGAAUUUUUGAAUGGAUCUGGUAUUAAACUGGAUAAGAGAGGAUUUAUUGAGGUCGAUGAGAAGUUCAGAACUAAUAUCAGUUACAUAUUCGCUAUUGGAGAUGCAGUGACUGCUCCAUUACCUCUUUGGGACAUUGAGAGUAUCAAUAUUCAGCAUUUCCAAACUGCUCAAACUCAUGGACAAUACCUUGGUUAUACAAUCGUUGGAAAACCACAACCUGGACCCAUUGUUCCAUAUUUCUGGACUCUUUUCUUCUUUGCAUUCGGUCUGAAGUUCUCCGGUUGCAGUCAAGGAUUCACAAAAGAGUACACUAAUGGAGACCCAGAAGCUGGUAGUUUUGUCAGAUACUUCUUAAAAAAAGACAAAGUGAUUGCUGUGGCAGCAGGCGGACCAUCUCAAGCAACAUCACAGUUCGCUGAGAUUUUCAAGAAGGGAAUUGAGGUCACAUUGAAGGAUUUGAAGAAUAGCAAGGAUCACACAUGGGGACAUCUUCUGUUAUAG